AGAUGCUGGUGUCAGAGUGCAUGCAAACCUUCACACUGCUUCACACUCCACCUGACUCUAAACCCAUCUACUCUGCUGUGUCAGUUUUGAGGCCUUUUGUAUUCUUAUAAACAUAAGAAGUUGGAUUUCUUGUGUGGAACUAUUGUCAUCAACGCUAGCUUCAGGAUCAUGAGAUUGUGGUUCUCGCCAGCAUUGUGCAUCUGAAUCCUCCGGAACAGCAUGGGCAGUCGCCCCAGUAAAGAUCAGCACGGGUCUCAUGCACAUGCAGAACUUUUGAGCCCAGAGGAGAGCGCCGGUUCAUUGGCCUUAGACAGCGGUAGAUACGUGGUGGUGUCCCUGUAUGACUAUCCGUCGAGAGGUCCUGAUGACUGCGCCAUCAGAGUGGGAGAGAGGCUGAACAUUUUGUCAGAUGAAGGUGAAUGGUGGAAAGUAAGUUCAUCGGCCACAGGAAAGGAGAGCUACAUCCCCAGCAACUACACGGCUAAAGUGUACAACAGGUGGCAGUUUGUAGGUCUCAACAGACGCAAAGCAGAAGAACUGUUGCUUCUCCCUUAUAAUCAGGCCGGCUCUUUUCUCAUCAGAGAGAGCGAGACCUAUCAAGGUAACCACACAUUGUCUGUGCGUAGGAGCGGGUCGCAGGAAAACGCUUCUGUCAAACACUACCGUGUCAACUGCAUUGAGAAUGGAUGGAUGUACAUCUCUCGGGGAAUCACUUUCCGGACCCUCUCAGACCUGGUCGCACACUAUUCGGUAUCGGGUGGGCUGUGCUGUACACUGGGGGAGCCCUGUUUCAUCCAUGGCUCUAACAAUGUUCCUGUGGUAACCGGCCCUCCGGUAGCCGUAAAGAGGCCCACGAUUAACUGGAAAGAUGUGAACAGAUCCAUGAUCUUUGGGAAAGGUAAAGAUGGGGCAGAAGAGUCUCUGGUGAGCGAAGGGUUAAAGGAAGCAAUGAACUCUUACCUCUACAUGACAGACGAGUGUGAGGACUGCUUUAUGAUUGCUGACUGCUGAUGGGCACGAAGGGUCAAAGACAGUGAGCUGAAGCUAGUCGUGAGAUUCCUGGGUGGUCACCUAGUAUGAAACUUUAUGAUGGGACGAUGGCAAUGGGACCAAAACCGAACCAGCAAAGACCCUUUUUCAGAUUUCCAUGGCUCUUAAACACAUCGGUGGAUUUACGCGCAUCUCAAUCGAAGAGUUACACGAUAACCGUACCCCAGCGAACUGAUGGUGCCGAGCCAAGCGCGAUGAGUCAUUGCUGUUCUUCCAGAGUGGGUGCUGGAGAUAAAGAUGUCACUUAUUCCUUGCGGACAUGAAAGAGAAACUGAAUGAAGGAAAGACAGAGGAGUGAGCAAGUGGGAGGUGGAACACAGCUGGGAGAUGUACACAUCCAUUUCCAUGUCACUUGUACUGGAACUUUUCUUAGUUUUUUAGUGUAUGUAUAAAUGUAAAGUUGCUUUGUAACAUGAAAAUGGUAAAAGCGCUAUCUAAAUAAAGUUGAGUGGAGUUUAAUGUGACGAUUUCGUGUAUCUGAAUUAUGACUGAGAUUCCAAAAGGAUUUGUUUUCUACUUAAAAUUGCUAAAAAAUGUAUUUAUGAAUUAAAAUGUUAAUGUGAA